GAGGCUGCGCUGGCGGAGGACAUGGUCAGCCACCUCCAAAACCAAACGCGAGGCGUAGAGGAGCUGAUCAGAGACCAGGUGCCACCGAGCGACUCUAAUGCCUCGAACACCACCAGCCAGAGCGAAGGUGCGACGAAAGCCCUCCUCGAGGAGAAUGACAAAGGCAUCAAGGAGCUCAACAUGUUGGUGACGCAGGCGGAGGAUCUUACGUCGAGGUGA